AUGAAUUAGCAUAAUAAAAACAUAUAAAUUAAUUUAUUAUACUCGAUAGUAACAGAUCAAGCGUAAGAGUUUGUGUUGGAUAAAAUAAACUUUCAUUUUAAAAAUAUUCAGCAGUUAUCAAUUGAUUCAUUCGAUGAAAAAAUACUAAAUAUAAAAGGCUUAUUUGGGUGUUAAAAGGACAUAGAAAAGGAAAUAAAAACCGAAAUUCAUUAAGAAAUUGAUAUGACGAAUUUUUUGAAAGAAUCAGAAAAAGGAAAUUUGAUUCUAAUUUAAUACUAAGACUUAAGGCUAUUUUGUUUGAUUUUACCAAUUAAGUUUUUUUUGUCAAAACCAAUUUAAGAAAAAUCUAUAGAAAUUGUGCUUUUUAGAAUACUACAUGAUUUUACUGAUAACAUAAAAUUAUGUUUGGAUGAUUAAAUAUUUAGUGAUUGGUACUCAGGGGAUAUAGUACCUUUUAGUGCUAGAAUAUUAGAAAGAUAAGAUUAUGAUUUUCGCGAAGAUGUUAAUCUUUAGGUACAAAAUUAUCAAUGUCAGUUUCAUAAUAUACCUCAAGAUAUAUCAAAACACCACAUUAUUACAUCUAAUUCAUUUUAACCAUACAUCAUUCUCUUAAAACAAAAAGAAAUGAUGAAUUAAGAAGAAUUUCAUUAAAAUUUGACAAAAUAUGUUACAUUUACUGAGUCCUUAAUGAUGUAAAUAUUAGUUAAUCAAAAUAAUUAAAUAAUUUGGUUAUUAGACUUAUUUUAGAAAGAGCAUUAAACUUAAAAACUGAGAGAGAUAUUAAACGGAGUAUCUACCUAAUUAAACAUUAAGAUAACUGAAGAAAGAAAAAAAUUAAUUUAAGAUCUUAGUAAGAAAUUAAAAUCAUUUUUCAACUUUUCAAAGAAUGACCAUUAUUAACAUUAAGCAGAAAAAAUUUUGAUAAAUGCCUUCUCCAAAUUAAAAUUUCAAUCUCAUUAAUUUGAAUUUGAAUGUGAGAAAGAUGAUCAUAAAAAACUAAUUUAUCAAGCCUUGACGUAGAUUUUAGUAGCCCUAAAAGAUAUUCAGGAAAAGUUUAGAAGUAAGUUGAAAUAAAUUUUUUAAGAAUUAACUCAAUAAACAACAUAUUUUGUUGAGAGAGUAAUUUUUAAAAUCUAUCGAUAAAAUGAAAAUCAAGCAGAUGCAAUAUUAUCUAUUUGGCCGCAUUUAGAUGAAGACCAAAAAUUUCAAUUAGACACAUCUAUUUUCAAAUCCCAAACAUAAAAACUUGAAAUAAAAGAAGUAUUUUCCACUAAACAAAAAGGAACUAUAGUAGUAGUUUAAACAGAAAUAGAGGCUUAUAUUUUAUUUUAAUAAUUUUAAUCGCCCUCCUUUAAAAUAAUUAGAAACUUACAUCCCGAUCAUAUCAAAUAGGCGAUUUAUUAUUAUGACCAUAAUCUUGGUUAUUUAUAUAUAUUUAAUUAUAAAGUUUCUUCAGUUUAGUAAAUAAUUAUAUCAUAAACUGGAGCAAUUUAAGUGGAUUAAUAGUUUUGCUUUUAAUAAGAUUAGCAGAAUCAAAAUUUUCUAAUAUAAUAAGUCGCAUAUAUUAGUGUUUAAAAAAAAUUUCUUGUGUUAUCAGAUAAAAAUAAAAUAUUAGCUCUGUUUGAUAAAUAACAAUAAUUCAUUAGUUUUAAAUGCUUAGAAGAAAUCAAAGUUGAGCAAAGGAAGGAACUAAAAGAAGCAGACUUUAUUCCAAGUAUAGAAUCAAAACAUUCAUACAACUAAUUAUUAUCAUGCCCAAGUGGGAAAUAUUUUUACCUUGCUAACCAUCAUUGUUGUGACAGAUAUGAUUAUAUGGGAAAAAGAGUUGAAUGCAUAAAAAUAAGAGGUCAAAUAAAAAUUUUUUCAGAUUCCUCAGAUGUUAUAAUUUUGCAUGAGUGUAAUAACUUAACAGAAUCAAAAAGAAUUACUAUUAUUUAAAACUUGAUUUAAUAGAAAAAGUUUAAUAAAUAACAGAAUAAUGAAUAGAUUAUUAUAGGGAAUCCAGCUUUAGAUAUAGUAAAAGGUUCUUUUGUUAAAUUCGGGCCAAAUUCUUAAUUUUUAUCAAAACAUAAAUCCAAAAAUAUUUAGUUAAAUGUUGAAUCUCAUCAUUACAACAAAAUAGAAAAAUAUUACAAUAACAUGAAUUUAAACAACGUGUUUUUGAGCUCUCAAUAGACCUAAUUUUCGAAAUGCGAUAGUAAUCAAAUCAAGAACAUAAUAUAUUCAAGAGUUCCCCAACAAUUCUGCACCAUUGAAAAUGGAACUUUGAUACCUUUAAAUGAUGGAUUUAGGUAAUAAUCAAUGAUUUAAAAUGGUAUAAAAGUUGAUUAAAAGGUUAAAUAAUUGCAUCUUGGAUUUCUGGAAGACUAUCUUUCUUGCGAGGAAUAAAAAAUAUUUGUAGUGGGGAUUAUAGGUAAAUAGUCAUCUGGGAAAAGUUAUUUAUUAAACAGAAUUUUUGGAACAAGAUUUUCUGUUUCAUCAGCUAGAUGUACCGAUGGAGUUUGGGGAACAAUGGCUUAUGUGGAAGAUCAGAAAUUUUUAAUAUUAGAUUGUGAAGGAUUAUUUAAUGGAGCUAGAACUGAAAAAGAAGAAAUUAAAAUGCUUGCAUUUCUUACAGCUAUUAGUGAUAUAACAAUAUUAAAUUCUGAUUCAACUUUUAGUCGUUACUAGAAUGAACUAUUCAAUAAUUUAGUUGAAGCAUCUAAAUAAUUAAAUGACGAAAAGCUAUUUAAAGGAUUUUUGUACAUUGUUAUUAGAGAUGUCAGUACUUCUGAUAAUCUAGGUUUAGAACAAGAAUUAUUAAAAAACCUAGACAGAUUAAAAACAGCUGAUUAAGAGGAGAUUGUUUUUUUGAAUAAAUUAUUCAAUAACAAGCUUUCUGUAGAAAAAAUGGUUAAUAAUGAAAACACAUUAUUUGAUUAGCAAGUCAAAAAAGUGAGAGACUACAUCAUAAAUUAAUCUUUAGACAGUAAUCGCUGGAAAAAUGGAAAAGAACUAAUAGCCAUAGUUAAAAUUGUUCUAUGCCAACUUGAGCUAUCUGAUACAUCAAAUGCGAGCUUAAUAAAUCUCUAAAUCAGAAUAGAAUAAAUUUAUUUUGAAAGUUAAAUUCUAUGGUAUUAAUUUUCUUAAAAUUUACCUUCUAAUGGAGAACUUAAGCUGAAUUAAGCUAAUUACACUUUUGAGAUGGAUGAUGAUGAAUAUCUCAAGUAGAAUACUGAAUUUUUACAAAAAUUAUAUACUGACCUUAAAUUAAAUGAUAAUAUACUUAAUCAUAAAUCAAAUUUAAAUGAGGCAAAUAGUUAAUUUAAUAAAAUGAUGGAAUAAAGAAAGUAGUUCAUAAUUUAACAUACUUUGGCUGAAAUUUCUGAUAUCCAAAUGGUGGAAAUGCAAACACUUAUUCAAAAAGAAAACACUAAACUUCAAGAUUUUCUAUAACUUUAAAUUGAUAAAUAUUAAUUUUGUUAAAUUAAAUGCCAUGAAUGUUGUUUAUCAUGUAAGCAUUUUAAGAAUCAUAUUCAAUAUUCAGAAAAUUUGAGAAAUAUAAUUGAAAAUGAAAUUGAAUUGUUAGAAGAACAAUGUAAGAAUUCAAAAAUAAAAAGUCAAGAAGAAGAAGAGAUGAUUCGUAAUAGUCUAAUCAGGAUUGAAAAAAAUAUUGAAGAAAUUGAAAAUACUUUAAAAUAAAUCAAUAAUUUAAUUAAAUAUUCAACUAUAACAGAUUUAUAAUCCUCAUUAAUUAUUUAACUUAAAAAUGGCAAUUAUUUUAAAGUUGAAAGUUUUGAAGUGAAUGGUAUAAAAUUAAUUUCAGAAAAUGGCAUUAAAUAAAUAACAAAAGAUAUCGAGGGUAUUUAUUAAGAAUAUGACAAUAUUAAAAGAUAAUUGUAAAGUUAGAACGAGCAGUAAGCUAAUAAUAAAAUUGAAAUUGAGAAUAAUUAAAAUUAAUAAUAAACUUUUUUGAGGGAUUCUGAGAAUAUUGAGAAUAAUAUUAAGAAAGUUAACAUAGCAAAAUAAUAAUUAUAAUAAAAGAUUGAAGCUUUAACUAACUAACAAAAUACUAUAAAAUACAAAAUAUAGUAAAUUUAAUCAGAAAUAGAUCAAAUAAAUCGAAAUUUAAAUGAAAAUGAACUUGUUUAGCAAGCUGAUAUUGAUGAAUACUAAAAUGAAAAGAAUCAAAUUUAAGAAGAGUUAAAUUAAUUAUAAACUAGAUUACUUUAAAACAAGACUGAAAGUAACUUUUUUGAAUAAAUGUCUUUAAGUGAAUUUAUCAAUUAUUUUAAUUCUUAAUUAGAUAAAAAGUAAGCACAUUCUUUAGAAUUAUACAAAAUAAAGGAUAGAAAAAAAGAAUUAUAGGCUUAGAAAGAUAAAUACCAAUAGAUGAUGGAAGAAAAAAAGUCAUUGCAAUAAAAAUCAAAAGUACUAAAUAGGAAAAAGAUUUAAGAAUUAGAAAGGGAGUUGUAAGAUUUUGACUUGUUGAAUUUGGAAAAAUAGGCUGAAUUCUGUUCUAAAGAGGAAUAGAUUUUGAUGAAAACAAUUUAUGAGGAUUUUUAUAAUUUAGAUUUGUAUAAUGAAUGUCAUGAAAAAGCUGAAGAAAAUGAGCUUUAAUUAGAAGAUUGUUUAAAAUAGAAUUAAUAAUUAGAAUUAAAAUAAAAUAAUGAUUAGCAAAUUAAUUAUUAAGAGAUUGAAAAUUUAAAUGAUAUAAAUUAAACUAAUGAAUCAAAGAUUGAACCUGAAUUUUCAUAGAACCAAUAAUCCAUUUAAGAACAAGAAAAUAAUAGUUGUAUAGAAGUAGAGAAAUAAUUAGAAAUUUCAGAACAAAUAUAAAACAAUGAUUAGUAAGUAAAUACUAAUAAGAUUGAAAAUUUAAAUGAUAUAAAUUAAACUAAUGAAUCAAAGAUUGAACCUGAAUUUUCAUAGAACCAAUAAUCCAUUUAAGAACAAGAAAAUAAUAGUUGUAUAGAAGUAGAGAAAUAAUUAGAAAUUUCAGAACAAAUAUAAAACAAUGAUUAGUAAGUAAAUACUAAUAAGAUUGAAAAUUUAAAUGAUAUAAAUUAAACUAAUGAAUCAAAGAUUGAACCUGAAUUUUCAUAGAACCAAUAAUCCAUUUAAGAACAAGAAAAUAAUAGUUGUAUAGAAGUAGAGAAAUAAUUAGAAAUUUCAGAACAAAUAUAAAACAAUGAUUAGUAAGUAAAUACUAAUAAGAUUGAAAAUUUAAAUGAUAUAAAUUAAACUAAUGAAUCAAAGAUUGAACCUGAAUUUUCAUAGAACCAAUAAUCCAUUUAAGAACAAGAAAAUAAUAGUUGUAUAGAAGUAGAGAAAUAAUUAGAAAUUUCAGAACAAAUAUAAAACAAUGAUUAGUAAGUAAAUACUAAUAAGAUUGAAAAUUUAAAUGAUAUAAAUUAAACUAAUGAAUCAAAGAUUGAACCUGAAUUUUCAUAGAACCAAUAAUCCAUUUAAGAACAAGAAAAUAAUAGUUGUAUAGAAGUAGAGAAAUAAUUAGAAAUUUCAGAACAAAUAUAAAACAAUGAUUAGUAAGUAAAUACUAAUAAGAUUGAAAAUUUAAAUGAUAUAAAUUAAACUAAUGAAUCAAAGAUUGAACCUGAAUUUUCAUAGAACCAAUAAUCCAUUUAAGAACAAGAAAAUAAUAGUUGUAUAGAAGUAGAGAAAUAAUUAGAAAUUUCAGAACAAAUAUAAAACAAUGAUUAGUAAGUAAAUACUAAUAAGAUUGAAAAUUUAAAUGAUAUAAAUUAAACUAAUGAAUCAAAGAUUGAACCUGAAUUUUCAUAGAACCAAUAAUCCAUUUAAGAACAAGAAAAUAAUAGUUGUAUAGAAGUAGAGAAAUAAUUAGAAAUUUCAGAACAAAUAUAAAACAAUGAUUAGUAAGUAAAUACUAAUAAGAUUGAAAAUUUAAAUGAUAUAAAUUAAACUAAUGAAUCAAAGAUUGAACCUGAAUUUUCAUAGACCCAAUAAUAGCAGAAAGAAUAAGAAAUUAAAGGUCUUAAAAUAAAAUCUAUGUUCUUAUUGUUAAAAAAACAAGAAUUUGAAGAAUACUAACUUGAAAUUUAGGAGCUAUCAAAUAGCUAUUAGGAUUUAAAUUAAAAGAUAGAAAAAUUUUAAACAAUAAUUUAAAAAUAAUAAACUCUACUUAAAUUAGCAAAUUAAUAAAAUUUAUUUCAGAGCGAAAAAAAUGCUGUUGAUAGUUAAACUUAAGAUUUAAAUUCCCAAUUAAGAAAUUUAGAAGAAGAAGUAAACAUUUUAAGAAAGCGUCUAAUUGAAAUUUAGUCAUAAUUAGAUAGCCUUUAAAUAAGAAAAUCAAACUUUAUGGAUGAAAAUAAUAAAAUAGUUUAAUAAAUUGAAAUACAGAAUGAAAAAAUAAUACGGCUUAAAAAUUCAGAGAAAUUGUUGAAGGAAAUAUGGAAGACAGGAUAAGAACAAAUACCACUUUAUUCUUAACUUAAAGAUUGGAAAGAAAUUAAUAAAUUUUCAAAAUUUUCGCUUCAGGAUUUAUAAAAAGAAAAAUUAAAUAUUGAAAAACAAAGAGACAACUUUGUCACUGAAUUAUAAGAAAAAUUAAAUAGUCUUGAAAUAUUUAAUAAAGUUGGAACAGAUGCAGUUAGGUUAAAGAAAUUAUAAUGUAAACUUUAAGAAUUGAACAGUCUAAAUCUAAAUAACCAUUCAUGCUAGAGAGUGAAUCAUAAAUGUGAUUAGAUUUGCAAAGUAUGUCCUGAUAAAAUAUGUGAUAAAGAGGCUGGUCAUAGUGAGUUCCAAGAGCAUUUAUGUUCAUUAAAACAACAUAAAUGCAAUCAUAUAUGUGAAAUACCUGAAUGCAAAUAAAGUUGUAGCCUGCUUUUCGAUCAUCCUAAGUAGCAUAAUUGUGCUGGUGAACAUCCAUGCAAACAAAAUUGUUAGUUUUGUAGCAAAAAAUGUAAAUCAGAUAGGUCGAUGUUUCAUUAAAAUCACUAAUGCGAAGAUAUUUAUUGCACUGAAACUUGUAUGUUGUGCAACAAGAAAUGUAAUUAAAAUCAUAGCCAUUCCUAAUUAUGCUCUACUUUUUGCAAGAAAUAGCAUGAACAUUCAAAGCAAAAGUCAAAUCAUCUAUGCGGUGAAUAGCACGAGUGUAAAUAAUUGUGUUAGGAUAAAGGAGUCUGCUAAAUUAUAUAUUGCCAAUAAGAAAGAACUUGGUAAUCUAAGUUUAAAUAUAUUUAAUAUGUUCCUGAGGCACAUGAGAAAAAAAAAUGUUGUUUAAUUAUCAAACCAGGGGAGCUUGAACAUGAAAAAAAUCAUACUUGCAUGAUUGAAACGGAGAAAUAAUUCCAUAUUUGUGAUUAACGAUGUCCUGAGUGUAAUAAAUUUUGUGAAAAAAAAUACAAUCAUCCUGGGAUUCAUUCAACACAAAUUCAUAUAAAUAAAGAAAAUUAAGUGUUUACAGCAAAAGAAGGUUAGUUGGGGAAAAUAGAAAUUAAAGAUUCUAAUGUAACAUUAAGAUAAUAUUAAGUUGGAGAUAAAUCCACACCAGAAACUUGUGAUCAAAGUUGUAAAAGAAAUGGAAGAAGUCAUUAUCAUUUAGUUGAAUGUAAAGGUGGAAGCGAAUGUUUAGGAAAAAAAUCGGAUAUUAAAGCAAGACACUCAGACGAAAAAUAUCAAGGAUUUAAUCAUUUAAAUUUUGAUGAAGUAUUAUGUCUUGACUAUUGGAACCUGAAAAAAUGGGGCCAUCCAAUUCCCAAUGAGAUUUCUAAUAUAAGUUAAUGUAAUUAUUACUGCCCAUUAUGUAAAAAAAUAAAUGGGGAAAAUUCGUUUUGCUUAAAAGAAGCUUGGCAUACUUAAGAUAACAAAAUUAGUUCUCAUAGCUUUCAUUGUGCAUAAAUGCAUAAAGAACAAACUAUAAGUGGGAUUAAAAUAGCCUUUGUGAUUGAUACUACAGGAUCGAUGGGAUCAUAUAUAAACAACUGCAAAGAGAUUAUCAAAUCAAUAAUUUAGAAGGCAAAAAGCCAUAAAACAAUCGACAACAGUGAGAUUGAAAUGAAAUUUGCAAUAGUUUCUUAUAAAGAUCAUGAUCCUCCGUAUAAUUAGGAGUAGAAUGUAGUUGAAAUGUGUGAUUUCACUUCUGAGAAUGAUGCUAUUAAAUUCUUAAAUAAUUUAACAGCAAGUGGGGGAGGUGAUACACCUGAGGCUGUUUUGGAUGGUUUAUAUUCAUCUUCUAAAUUAAAUUGGAGUGGAAAUUUUUAAAAUUUAUUAUACUUAAUUGCUGAUGCACCUCCUCAUGGAAAAGAAUAUCAUGAAUUUACUGAUUCUUUUCCAGAAGGCUGUCCUUGCAAAAAAUAGUAAAAUGAAAUUUUUACUCAUCUUAAAAAUGCAAAAAUUUAAUUUAAAAUUAUGAAAUUAAAUCAAUCGAUUGAAGGAAUGAUUACUAAAUUUAAAUAAAAUUAUCCAGAAUUAUCUAUUAUCGCUCCGGAUAGUAAAGAUGAUGUAAAAUUUUAAAAUUUAAUUGUUGGCGAUGUGUGUGAUUAUUUGACCCACAAUGAAAUAACAUAUUAAAUGGCAUGAAA